AUGAACAAGACCGCACGACGUUGGCCUUUGAUGAUUGAUCCUCAAGGUCAAGCCAAUCGCUGGAUCAAAAAUAUGGAAAAACCAAACAAUAUCUGUGUAGCCCGUCUGACACAAGCUGACUUGGGACGCGUGUUGGAAAAUGCAGUUCAGUUCGGACAACCGGUGUUGCUAGAAAAUGUAUUAGAAGACUUGGAUCCUAUGUUGGAACCUCUUCUACAGCAACAAACCUUCCGACAAGGCGGUGCGCUGUGCAUAAAAAUUGGUGAUACUAUUGUUGAGUACAGCAAGGACUUCAAAUUAUACAUAAGUACAAAACUAGCGAAUCCGCAUUACCUGCCAGAGGUAGGAGUACGGGUAACUUUGGUCAACUUCAUGUUGGCUAUGGAUGGCCUACAAGCACAACUGUUGUCACGAGUUGUGGCCAGAGAACGACCUGACCUGCAGCAAGCCAAAAUAGACCUCACCACCCAGGGAGCGGAGCAUAGAAGACUUCUACAGGAAAUCGAGAAGAAAAUAUUGACAGUUCUUUCUACUUCCGAACAUUUACUAGAGGAUGAAGAGGCUGUCCAGAUUUUAAAUUCCGCCAAAGAAACAUCAAAUGAGAUCAAAGAGAAACAAGAAGUGGCCAUGAUCACAGAGGCAGCCAUUGAUGUAGCUCGGAAUGACUACGUGCCCAUUGCUGUGCACUCCACCGAUCUGUUUUUCCUUAUUGCCUCGUUAGCGCACAUUGAUCCAAUGUACCAGUACUCGCUCGGCUGGUUCGAAGGCUUGUUCGUAGCAGCUAUAGAUAAUACUGAGAAAGUAGAUGAUAUUACCGAACGCUUGACGAUACUGAGGAGAUACUUCACCUACUCUCUUUAUGCAAAUAUUUGCAGGAGCUUGUUUGAAAAGGAUAAAAUUGUAUUUUCUUUAUUAUUGGCUGUCACAAUUAUGAUAGCAGAGAAAGAUCUGAAGAGGAGUGACGUUAUGUUCCUAUUGGCGGGCGCAAAUCCUAAAACAAUAAAACCGAAUCCAGUAAAUUUCCUCAGUCCACAAGCUUGGGCUGAAUUUAACGCACUAAAUGAAGUGCCGAAGUUCCAAGGUAUCCUUGAGCACUUUCUGGAGAACGUCAGCAUAUGGGAGGAUUAUUGUGAUACGCCUAACCCACACGAACAACCGUUACCAUCACCCUGGAACGAGAAGCUUGAUAUUUUUGAGAAAAUGUGCGUUUUGCGAUGCAUGCGUCUGGAUAUGAUGGUACCAGCUGUACAAAACUACGUCGCAGUUAAAAUGGGUCGCAAAUUCGUGGAGCCCCCACUUUUUGACUUGGCGUCGUCAUACGCGGACUCUCACUGCUGCAUACCUUUGUUGUUUGUUCUAACACCUGGUUCUGAUCCUAUGGAGACUCUGCUCAAAUUUGCUGAUGAUCAGGGCUUUGGAUCUUCGCGAUUGUUCUCGCUAUCUUUGGGCCAAGGGCAGGGACCUAUCGCAGUAAAGCUUAUUGAUGAAGGCGUCCGCAGUGGCACAUGGGUGGUACUGCAAAACUGUCACCUGGCUAAGAGUUGGAUGCCAACGUUAGAAAAGAUCUGUGAAGGGUUAACACCUGAUGCUACACAUCCAGACUUUAGGCUUUGGUUGACGUCAUACCCUGCCGCACACUUUCCCGUCUAUGUAUUACAAAAUGGUGUCAAAAUGACCAAUGAGCCGCCGAAAGGUUUGAGAGCAAAUAUAGCACGUUCGUACAGUAGCGACCCCAUAAAUGACAUUGAAUGGUUUGAGGGUAACAAACAGUCAGAGAUAUUCAAAAAGCUGUUGUUUGCUCUGUGCUUCUUCCACGCGGUGGUGCAAGAGCGUCGACAGUUUGGUCCACUAGGUUGGAACAUUAGCUAUGAGUUCAACGAAACUGACCUUAGAAUCAGCGUCACACAACUUUAUAUGUUCCUCAACGAGUAUGAUGACGUGCAAUUCAUAGCGCUACGUUACCUAACGGGCGAGUGCAACUAUGGCGGACGUGUGACAGAUGAUUGGGACCGGCGUACACUUAACACGAUACUAUAUAAGUUUUAUAAUCCUAAAGCUAUCGAAGAACAUAACUAUCCAUUGGAUCCUUCAGGUGUGUAUCACAUCCCAACUCUAAAGGAGCACAAUGAGUUUGUGAACUUCGCUCGUUCAUUGCCGGCUGCCACUCCACCUGCUGUUUUCGGCUUCCAUUCAAAUGCAGACAUCACCAAGCACUUCAGAGAAGCUGAGGAACUUCUUGAUACCGCUAUACUCACACAGGUAUUGUAA